GUAACUUCUGAGAGCUUCAUGGUGCGGUGCUUUAACCCCUGCACCACCAGGGAGAUCCCGGAAAUCACCUAUUGUUAAAGGGGUGGGCUUAAAAGAAUCACAAUGCAAGCAGUUGUAUAUACCACAGAGUAAGACAGUUUAAAAGUUUAUCAGUCGAAUGAUCAAUUUUAUCUUGGAUUUCUCACUGGAAUUUUCUGCAUUUAAAACAGAUGAAGUACCAUGCAGAGAGACAGGGAGGCCCAAACUGCAAGAAAACCCCAGAUGGAGGGUGGGGAUGGAUGAUCGUGCUGCAUUUCUUCCUGGUAAAUGUGAUUGUGAUGGGGCUCACCAAAACUUUUGCAAUUUUCUUUGUGGUUUUUCAAGAAGAGUUUGAUGGCACCUCAGUGCAAAUUGGCUGGAUUGGAUCCAUCAUGUCAUCACUUCGUUUUUCUGCAGGCCCUCUGGUCGCCAUUAUUUGUGACACAAUUGGAGAAAAAACCACCUCAAUUCUUGGGGCCCUCCUUGUUACUGGUGGAUACAUGAUCAGCAGCUGGGCUACAAGCAUUCCCUUUCUUUGUGUGACUAUGGGAUUUUUACCUGGUUUGGGUUCUGCUUUCUUGUACCAGGUAGCUGCUGUGGUAACUACCAAAUACUUCAAAAAACGACUGGCUCUUUCUACAGCUAUUGCACGUUCAGGCAUGGGACUGACAUUUCUAUUAGCACCCUUUACAAAACUCCUGGUAGAUCUAUACAACUGGACAGGUGCCCUUGUAUUGUUUGGGGCUAUCACACUGAAUUUGGUGCCAUCCAGUAUGCUCUUAAGACCCAUCCACAUCAAAAGUGAGAGCGAUCCUGACCCAAAAGACAGAAGUAGCCAUCUGUCUACAAGUGCUCCAGAGGCGGUGUGUGGGGUAGAAAUAUCCCACUGUGGUGAGACAGUAGAGUCCAACAUCAGAGACAACACUGUGCAGAAGGCUGGACAGUCAGGGACAAGUGUAACAGUCUCACAAGAUCAAGGUAGAGAACUCAACAAUGAGCCUAACAGGAACAGAAUACUGUUCCUAAAAAAUAAUGAAGAAAGUCACAAGAAAAAGGCCACUUCAUGGAUCUGUAAACAAGAAGUCUUUGAUACUUCUCUUUUUAAGAAUCCUUUGUUCUACAUAUUUACCUGGUCUUUCCUCCUCAGUCAGUUUGCAUAUUUCAUCCCUACCUUUCACCUGGUCGCUAGAGCCAAGACACUCGGGAUUGAUGUGAUGAAAGCCUCCUACCUUGUUUCUGUAGCUGGUAUCAUCGAGACAGUCAGUCAAAUUAUAUCUGGAUGGGUUGCUGACCAAAACUGGAUCAAAAAGUACCAUUACCACAAGUCUUACCUCAUCCUCUGUGGCAUCACUAACCUGCUUGCUCCGUUAGCCACCACAUUUCCACUACUGAUGACCUACACCGUCUUCUUUGCCAUUUUCUCUGGUGGUUACCUGUCAUUGAUACUUCCUGUUCUGGUUGAUCUGUCUGGCAAUUCCAAACUACACAGGUUUUUAGGACUUGCAGGAUUUUUUGCUGGGAUGGCUGUGCUUUCUGGACCACCUAUCGCAGGUUGUUUGUAUGACUAUACCCAGACAUACACCGGCUCCUUCUACUUCGCUGGUACAUGCUAUCUCCUCUCUUCAGUUUCCUUUUUCUUUGUACCACUAGCUGAGAAAUGGAAAAACAGUUUAACCAGAAGCAGAGAGAACUUCAAUCAAGUGUAACAGAAGAAAAUCUAAAGUAAUGUCACUGAAAACAAAAACUUAAAGAAGUCUCCUCUUUUGUAAAAUAAGAUGAACCAGACAGCCUUUAAGGCUUCCAGGAAUGCCUAAUUGAGAGUAAGAAAAGGGCAGUAGCAACUUCAACUAAGUUUUGCAUUAAUAUUCAAUCAAACAGGCUAAAAUUUUCAUCAGCUGA